AUGUCACCUCAGAAGAAUAUGUUCAGUAACAGCCAUGCUAAGGACAUACUCACAACAAUGAACAACUUGCGAAAAAACGGCACACUGUGUGACGUUGUACUUUCAGUUGAAAAGACUGAAUUCCCUGCUCAUAGGAUUGUAUUGGCCGCUUGUAGCGAUUAUUUCUGUGCAAUGUUUACUAAUGAGAUGAGUGAAAGUCAAAAACAGUCAAUAGAAAUACAAGGUCUUACUGCCAAUACUAUGGAGGUACUGCUAGAUUUUGUUUACACUGAAACAGUCAAUGUGACUGUUGAGAAUGUUCAAGAGUUAUUACCAGCUGCCUGUUUACUUCAAUUGAAAGGCGUGAAGCGAGCAUGCAGUGAAUUUUUAGAAAACCAGCUAGACCCUACCAACUGCUUAGGAAUCAAGAAAUUUGCAGAGACGCAUUCCUGUGCAGACUUGCUUCAAGCUGCUGAAAAUUUCAGUUUUAAGUAUUUCUCAGACGUGGUUCAGCAAGAGGAAUUUAUGGCAAUUAGUAAAGAGGAAGUACAGGCACUGAUAGAGAGUAAUGACGUACAGCUUGUUACAGAAGAGCCAGUCUUUGCUGCAGUAUUAAGUUGGGUUAAACAUGAUGAUGAGAAACGAUCUCAAUAUUUGCCGGAACUACUUGGUUAUGUAAGAUUGCCAUUGUUAUCUCCAAAAUAUCUCACUGAUGUUGUGGACAUGGAGCCACUGAUCAAAACCAGUCUGGAAUGCAGAGAUCUGGUUGAUGAAGCUAAAAGGUUUCAUCUGAGGCCUGAGUGCCGGGCUGAGAUGAAAGGACCAAGAACAAAACAUAGAACAGGGUCAGAUGAAAGAUUAGUUGUAGUUGGUGGUUUUGGAACACAGCAAUCUCCUGUAGCAAACGUAGAAGAGUUCAAUCCUAAAAAACAGAUGUGGAGAUUCUUACCAAACUUAACUAAAAAGAGGAGAUAUGUAGCAGUGGCAUCCCUUGGUGAUAAAUUGUAUAUUAUUGGUGGUUUUGACGGUAUGUCUAGAUUAAACACAGUAGAGUAUUUAGAUUAUACCAUGGAAGACUUAGGGUGGUCUGCUAUAGCACCUAUGAAUGUUAGAAGAGGACUUGCUGGUGUGGCUGUACUUGGAGAAAUGAUUUAUGUGGCUGGUGGCUUUGAUGGAAUCAUUCGACACCGUUCCCUGGAACGCUAUGACCCCCACAUAGACCAGUGGAAUGUUCUAGCUGAAAUGGAAACUGGCAGAGAAGGAGCAGGAUUGGUGCCUGCAAAUGGAAUGCUUUAUUGCAUUGGAGGGUAUGAUGGUGUCAAUAUUCUGAAGUCAGUGGAGAAGUUUGAUCCGAAUACAAACCAGUGGGUGUCUGCUGGAUCAAUGAGUACUAGAAGAUCAGGUGCAGGUGUUGCGUUGUUAAAUGAUAUGAUUUAUGUGGUCGGUGGAUAUGAUGGAUCAUCUCAUUUGUCAUCUGUGGAAUGUUAUAAUCCAAGGACAGAUACAUGGACACUUGUUACUAGUAUGACAAUACCAAGGUGUUAUGUGGGUGCUACUGUCCUCAAGGGGAAACUAUAUGCUGUCGCUGGGUAUGAUGGCAACUCAUUGUUGAACAGUGUAGAAUGCUAUGAUCCCAUGUUGGAUGUGUGGGAAGUAAUGCCACCCAUGACAGUGCAGAGAUGUGAUGCUGGAGUCACUGUGAUGAGGAAAAAAUAACAAUUUACAACCAACAAUGAUUGCAUGAAUGCAUGAAAUGAAUUUACCUGUACAUCGCCCUCUUUAGUCUACUUUUGUCAACAUGUUGAACCACCACUAGAGGGCAGUUUGCAUAUAGUUGCUGCAAUAUAUUUAUAUGACCCAAUCAUUGAUGUGAAAAACAAUUAUUAUAGUAAACCAUGAAUGGGUGCAUAUGGUAACCUGAAAUUUGACUGAUCAAAUAAGAACAUAUGAAUGUUUCCGUAAUGAUAGGAGCAAUCUGUGCAGGACUAAAGUGC